AUGGAGUCAUUGGCCGAAUAUUGGGGGAGAUUCAAGCAGUUAGUGUCAAGUUGCCCUCAAAACCAAAUUUCUGAACAAUUGUUAAUUCAGUACUUUUAUGAAGGACUGUUACCUAUGGACAAAAACAUCUUGGAUGCUGCUAGUGAAACCAUAAUUGAUGAGCUUACUUCAUUGGUGAGAAAAUUAGCAGUAAGAAAAACUCAAUCUGAAAUAUCAUGUGGCAUUUGCAUCUCUCCUGAACACCCAAUAGAUGCUUGUCCUACCUUAAAAGAGGGUGUAAAUUCUGAUUUGCCUCAAGCAUAUGCAACAAACAUCUACAAUCCUCAAAGCAACAACCAGUACAGUAUUCAAAACUUACAGACACAGGUUAGACAGCUUGUCACUUCAAUGAAUGCCAUGCAACAAACUCAAGGAUCAAACCAACUACCUACCCAAAUAAUAGUGAAUCCAAAAGUCCCGAAUGUGAGUGAAAUUUCUUCAAGAUCCGGAAAGAGUUUUGAACCAGCCCCAACACCACACAAAAAAAACAAAGUUGCUGAGCCCAUACCUAAACCUGAUUCUGAUGUUGUGGUUGAAGAUGAAAAAGAGAAAGAGUAUGCACCACCAAUUCCUUUCCCACAGAGAACAAAGAAAAAUAAAAAGUUGGAUGAGGAAGAUAAGGAUAAAGAGAUAUUGGACAUAUUCAGAAAGGUGGCACUGAACAUUCCACUUCUUAAUGUUAUUAAGAAAAUUCUAAAAUAUGUCAAGUUUCUUAAAGACUUGUCCACUCACAAGAGGAGAUUGAAGGGAAUGAGAGAGUGA